CUUUCGUCCUUAUCCUCGGCGCAAUCCACAUCGUGGUACUUAUCUCAGUAAUCGUGAAGCCAUGUAGUUAGUACGAAGCGCAGGCUGAAGAUGCCUCGGCCGUUCUUUGUUAUCGCCGCUGCGUUGGCAGGGGUCCGCGCAUGACGUUUGCGCGCAACGGACGAAACUCACCACCGCAUUGAAGACAUCGACACCAUUGAUCGCAUUUAUAGCCAACAUAGACUGAACGUCUAUCACCUCAAUAGUUGACAGCGACCCUCAUAUCCACUCAGACCAUCGCCUCUGCAAAAAUGACAACUGUCGCUCUCGCCGGCAGCACCGGCCUCGUCGGCUCGCACAUCCUCUCCACGCUCCUCGCGCACCCCUCCAUCUCCUCCGUCUACGCCUACGCCCGCCGCGCCCCGCCCAACCCCAGCGCCUCCCCAAAGCUCUUCCACAUCCCCAGCGCCUCCACCGACGACUGGCCCGCGCAGUUCCCCAAGGAGUCGUCCCCCAAGAUCUUCUUCUCGGGCCUGGGCACCACGCGCGGCGCCGCCGGCAGCGUCGACGCGCAGCGCAAGAUCGACGUCGAUCUCAACUUGUCGCUCGCGCAGGCGGCGAAGGAGGCGGGCGUCGAGUGCUACGUGCUGAUCUCGUCGGGCGGCGCGAAUUCAGCGAGUAUGAUGGCGUAUCCGAAGAUGAAGGGGGAGUUGGAGGACAAGGUCAAGGCACUGGGGUUCAAGCACACGGUUAUUCUGAGGCCGGGCCUGAUUCAGGGCGCGAGGGACGAGUCGAGGCCGGCUGAGGCGGCGCUGAGGACGUUGGCGGGCUGGAUGAACAAGGUUAGUCCCAAACUGACGGAUUUCUGGGUCAACGAUGCGGGGGUCAUCGGGAAGGCUGCUGUUGUUGCGGGGUUGAAGUGUGUGGAGGGACAGAGGGAGGCCGGUGUGUGGGAGAUUGGGCAGGGGGAGAUUGAGAAGUUGGGCAAGGAGUGAGUGGGAGUGGGGUCGACGGCGGUAGAAGGAUACGAAUGCGUACAAGUCACAGGAGACGGAUGUUAACGAGGAUGAAUCAGUGGGAUGCGCUGAUAGGUCCAUUCGGGCUGUGAUACCUAACCCGGCAACUUGCUGAUAGCGUGGGAGUAUAAUAUGUCUAUUCCGUUAUUUCGUUGCAGUAUGCCUAGACUGGAUUAUGUACAACCAUCGAACUUC